AUGGAUAAUCUGGCUUUAUUGAAUGGUGGGCUGGAAAACCUAGCUAAAGAACAUAUCAAGGAAGGUAACCCCACCAGAUACACCUCAGUUAUGCUAGAUGACGUCCCUGUAGCCGCCUACCGUUUAUUAAAGACAGGCAAACAGGUCUUCUGCUAUGACUACAUUUCAUCUUUGGAGAAAUUAGAUGAACCGGCUCUUCCUCCUCCCGAAGCCUUCUACAAUAGUUUAAAACACGAGGCCAUAAGCGAGAACGAUUAUACACAGGCUAAAGAAGACUUUAGAUUAGCGGAAUGCAAGACCAUUGGGUAUUACUUGAAGGUCUAUUUAAAAGUAGAUACUGGAUUAUUGUGUGAUGUGUUUACUGUAUGGCGCAAGACCAUGCUCGAGCUGUACAAGUUAGACAUCACUCACUAUGUCUCGUUAUCUAGUUUUGCAUGGGACGCUUUCUUGUUUAAGAGUGAAGUUAUCUUGUACUCUAUUUCUGAUCCCCAUUUGUACGAUGUAUUGCGUAGAAAUCUAAGAGGCGGAUUUACCUCUGUUGUACGACAACACACGCAUGUAGAAAAUGAGCAUACGGGUGCUGAUCCUUCUAGCACUGAUAAAUAUAUUUUGUAUUUGGAUUUUAAUGGCCUAUACGCCACCUGUAUGACAGAACUGCUUCCUCAAGGCGGGAUCCGUAAAUUAUCUGCUGCCGAAUGCAAUGAUUGGCUCCAACAAUGUUUGGGAAAUAUUGCAUGUGAUGGGGAUAAGGGGUAUUGGGUCAUGUGUGAUACUAAGCAUGUCGCACCUGAGGUGGCUCGAUACACCGAUGACUUACCCUUAACCCUGUCACACGCCAAUAUUUCUACUGAUCUUCUGUCCGAUUAUAGCAAACGCAUUUUAAAUACGGAAGAUCGCAAACUCCCCCAAAAAAACAAUAAAUUAAUUGCCUCUCACCUCCCCCAAAAAGAUUACUUGGUCAGUUUCGAUUUGCUUAAGAUGAUGAUGAAAUUGGGAUUUGAAGUAGCUAAGGUAAAUGCAGUUUAUGAAUUCCGACAAAGCACGUACCUUAAGGAAUUUGUCGAAACAAAUGCUCGUGAACGUUCGAAUACACCUUGCGCCAUUAGGGGUAAAGCUUUCAAGCUGGUAUCAAAUGCAAUUUUCGGCAAGAGUUUAACAAAUGUGAGUAAAUAUUGUGAUCAGGAUUAUUUAGUUACAUCUCGAGACAAAUUCCAAAAGCUUGCACGCAAUCAGUUCUACAAACGGUGCAUUUUGUUGAGCGAAGACAGAGUCAUUUGCACGGUCAAAAAACAAUCACUUAAAGUCAAUACACCGACGUACCUGGAUUUCCAGAUCCUGAAAAUAGCUAAGAGGAUCCUAUAUGAUUUUUGGUACAACACAGUUAAAGUUCAUUUUGGAGACAAAGCUAGAUUGCUGUAUACGGAUACAGAUUCGUAUUUGAUUGAAUUGACUUGUCCAAAUGCUUUUGAUGAAUUAAAUAAACUGCCUUUGUCUCAGCAUAUGGAUUUCAGCAAUUUUCCUCCUGAAAAUCCCUAUUUUGCUGACUCUCGGAAAGGUCAACUGGGUUUGUUAAAAUUGGAAGUUGGAACCAAAAUUAUCAAGGAGCUCUCGCAUUGA